GGAAGUGACGCAUGAGCCGGUUGAAAGAAAAGGUGGACUGAACGAAUAAUUACGACAUAUAAUCGAUCGAACGGGACGGAAGACUAUUAAAAGGGUACACACGGUAUGUUUGUGUGAUUGUGGCGCAGAUUGCUGCAGGUUAUUCAGAGUUGAAACUGACUGAGGAGGACGAUGGCGAGGAAGAGCAGUUAUAAAGAUGUGUCUGGAGUUGUGUUCGACACUCACUCUAAAAUGGUGAUGUCUCAAGGAGGUACUUUUGAGAAGAUGAAGGAAAAGAUCAAUGCUGUGCGAGCUGUGGUGCCCAAUAAGAGUAAUAAUGAGAUCACUCUGGUGCUGCAACACUUCGAGAACUGUGUGGAUCGAGCGGUGCAGGCGUUUGUAGAUGGUAGUGCUGUGGAGAUCCUGAAGGAAUGGAACGUUACUGGGAAAAAGAAGCCGAAGAAGAAAAAGAAGCAGAAGCCACAGACUGACGUGCCUGCAGACGCCACACCUGCUGAAUCGGACUCAACCCCUGAAUGUCCAGAUGCUGUUAAUGAAUGUCCAGAUGCUGUUAAUGGUUUCCAUGCCAAUGAUACAGCAGGCGCAGAUGGCGAUUCGCUGGAUUCUCUGAGCGAGCAGCUGGACUCCGUCUCCCUGGACGCAGCAGAACUUGACUCUGAAAGUGCCACCGCUGAUCUCUCGGAUGCUGCAGGUGGAGACAUGGCUUCAACACCAAGCCCCGCCCCUCCGCCCGGCACCAGUGACGGACUGCAACAGGACCAUCGCAGCUCACGUGGUAACAAGUUUCGACCCAAGCCUGUUUCCAGCACCCAGAGUUCUUCUGUGGUUUCUCUCUCUGAUGACCCACAACCAGGUUCUGCUGCCAGGAAGAUUGGGUCUAACGUGGAUCGCUCUGUGAAAGACCUGCAGCGCUGUGCAGCGUCGCUUUCUCGCUAUAGAGUUGUUGUGCGAGACGAGAUGGAUUCAUCGAUCAAGAACAUGAAGCAGACGUUUGCUGAGCUGCAGAGCUGUCUGAUGGAUCGAGAGGUGACGCUGCUCACGGAGAUGGACAAAGUCAAAGCAGAAGCCAUGGCUAUUCUUGACGGCCGUCAGAAGAGAGCAGAAGAGCUGAAGAGACUCACUGAUAAAUCAGCAUCACUGUCAGAGGAACAACUCACUGAACUACGAGCUGAUAUCAAGCACUUUGUCAGUGAGCGCAAGUAUGAUGAAGAUCUUGGUAAAGCUGUAAAGUUCUCGUAUGAUCUGGAGCCACUUAAGUGCAGCAUUAUGUCUUUUGGAUCAGUGUAUCAUCCUCAGACAAGCUACUCCAGUCGUUCUCGCUGUAGCUCCACCUCUUCCUCUGUCACGGGCUCUGCACCUGCCAAAGCCCCGCCCCUUUCUGAGCCACAGCAUCAGGCAUCUCCGUACACGAGCCGCACAAACGUGCCACACAAGCAGAUUUUCCUGGGCAACAGGCGCAUCAUUCAAGGUUACCAGGGAAAUCAGCGAAAUAACGGAAGUGCCCAUUAUGACCGCAACCCCGGCCGAACCAACUAUCGCUACCAGGGAGAUCGUAACCACGGAGACCGGAGUCACCCAAGCGACCACAGUGACGGCCCAAACCCUCAGCUGACCAAUAGUGCGAGAGGCCCCUCCCACUCCUCAGCCUUCCGCCCGGAUCGCCCCCCCCAAAACGGCCUUCCACAAAGACAACCACGGACACACUGCCCAUAACACACACACACACACACACACACACACACACAGUUCCGUUUAGUUUGAUCACACACACUUCACAUUAAGAGAAAAAUGAAGUUUACACCUGAGCUGUCGAGCUGCAGCCCAUCUCAUUCUUCUGUCUCUCUCUAUUACACUGUCUGUCUGUCUGUCUGUCUUUGUGUCUCUCAUGAAGGGUCUGUGUUUGUGUGUGAUGUGUUUUUGUCUUUUCCUGUAGCUUUAAAUUGUGAAAGGAAAGGAAGAUCUGCAGCGUUUGUGUAUCUGAUUCACAUGAUCAACACUAAAGAUGAAGGACCGAGUUUGUAGUGGGUGAGAAGAGUUAGUGUAAGAGUGUGUAGAGAUGUUAGUACAUAGUGAUGGCCACAGAGAGUGGUGUGUGUGCUCAGUUUCACGUUUUCACACACACAAGCCGUUUUCCUUCAGUUGUGAUGUCACUGAAGCUCCAGUGUUUCUCUGCAGCAGCUCGAUGAGUCUCUCGUGUUCUCAAUCGGUGCUAAAGCACAACCGCUCGUCUCCUGACUGAACAAACUCGUCAUAUCAUGAUAUACCUCAUAUUAGUGGUCAUAAAUCUGCUCCACACCAUGUCACGUGCUGAUCUCGUCCCGGCCGGAGGUGCCGUUCUUGCCAUCAUUGGCUUCAUCUGUUUCUGGACUGUCGUUGACUGGUGGUGGACUGAUGCGUUUGAUAUUUGUAGUUUUCAUUCAGAGAUCUUCAGCUGCUCUUCCUGAAAGACUCAUGAGGAAAACCGUUCUGUCACUGUUUAAAGAAACGUGCUUGCAUUUGCAUGAAUAUCAGAGAUGCAGUUGUGUUUGUCAGCAGGUCUCGACUGUUUUACCAAGUUCAAUUUGACAUGAGUCGCUCUCACUCACUCAUCCCUGCUGCUGGGUUUCAUUGUUCAUUGGAUGGUUCAUGUCAUGUGAUCAGCACUUUCACAGUUUAUUACUCUGUCCAGCUCGAUCUGUACAUAUGUAACUAUAUGUAUAAUAUUUUGUAGCCUACGACCAUGUAUGUAGUGACACAUUAGGCUGAUUGAUCUCCCAGUUAAACAAGUUGUUCUUCCUCAUGUAUAGAGUCUUUCAAUUUUUUUUUUUUUUUUUUUUUUUUUUUUCUCAAAUGAGCUGAGAUAGCUGUUAAAUCAAGUGCCUUCAGUCAUGUGAUCUUUUCUCUUUUUCCUACAUUGUUUUUCCAUCUUGUUCCUUUUUGCUGCGGUUUGGACCAAAGACUUUGAAGCCCUCACUAAGCGCCACCUGCUCCUGUCAUUCAAACCAUCCUCUUUCUUGCUGAUUGACCUACUUCCUUAUGAAUAAAAAAGGAUUAGUAGCAAAUGCUCUACUGUUUGUUGACUCUGUCUGUGCUGCUUAAUAUGGCAUGAUUUUGCAGUUAUAUACAGUGACUUCCAAACUUGUGUUUUUUUUUUUUUUUUUUUUUUUUACAUCAGUUCUCCAGACAAGAGUAACAGUAUGUCCUAAAAAAUUUAAUGAAACCUUUGCAAAGUCCUCACCACAGAUUAAUUAAUUUCCUCAGUAACUGCAGCAGGUAAAAUCCCUUGUUCAUCUCAUCAUGCACAUUUUGUAUUGUGAUUUAUUCUUGCAUUUCUUGUGUCUGUUCUUCAGUCCUCUGUGCAUCUUGAAUGAACACUUGACUCUCUACAUUCGGGCCAAAAUCGCUGCUGAAAUGGGUGGCAUUUGAACAAAUCGCACUUACUAGUACUCUUCCCAAACUGUACAGCACACCACUACAAACAUUAAAUGAUGAAGGAAGAGUUUUACCGCCAUCUUUACAUUCCGACUCGCCAAUGAGUGGUUCUGCUGCUCCACUCUCACUGUAAUUGAGCAUCAGUGUGUCACUCUGAAGGGACUUUUACGUGCUGCCAAUCAGCUGUGCAGUGACUAUGAAAAAGACCCAGCAUGCUCUCCUGAUCAGUCUCUUGGGGCACCAGUCAAGUCAUUUUUAUUUGUAUAGUGCUUUUCGCAACACACAUCGUUUCAAAGCAGCUUUACAGAAAAUCAUGCAUUAACAGAAAAUGAAAGUGUAAUAUCUAUAAAGUCUUAGAGUCAUCAUUGUGCAGUUUGAUUUAAUAUGAUUGUAAAUUGUGUAUAAAAAUAAUUUAGAAACCCAGUGAGCAAUCUGAAGGCGACUGUGGCAAGGAACACAAAACUCCAUAAGAUGUUGAUUAAUGGAGAAAAAUAACCUUGAGAGAAACCAGACUCACUGUGGGGGUCAGUUCCCCUCUGACUAACAUCAUGAAUAUAAUGACAAUAUUAGUUAUUUAUGUGCAGUGCAAGUCAUGGGUUAAAAUGAGUAAACUAAGUAAGUGUUAAGGGUCAGUGUUUAACAGAUGUUAUAUGAACUGUAAGAUUAAUGACUAAUGUCUUUGAAGUUCAUCCUGGAUUAACUGCAGAAGUUUACAAACUCAGCAAAAAAGAAAUGUCCCAUUUUCAGGACACUGUAUUUUAAAGACAAUUUUGUAGAAAUCCAAAUAACUUUACAGAUCUUUAUUGUAAAGGGUUUAAACAAUGUUUUUCAUGCUUCUUCAAUGAACCAUAAACAAUUAAGAACUGUUCCACAGGUGCAUGUUCAUUAAGACACUAACAGCUUACAGACAGUAGGCAAUUAAAUUCACAGUUAUAAAAACUUAGGACACUAAAGAGACCUUUCUACUGACUCUGAAAUACACCAAAGAAAGAUGCUCAGGGUCCCUGCUCAUCUGCGUGAACGUGCCUUAGGCAUGCUGCAUGGAGGCAUGAGGACUGCAGAUGUGGCCAGGGCAAUAAAUUGCAAUGUCCGUACUGUGAGAUGUCUAAGACAGCGCUACAGGAAGUACAGCUGAUCGUCCUCGCAGUGGCAGACCAUGUGUAACGACACCUGCACAGGAUCGGUACAUCCGAAUAUCACACCUGCGGGACAGGUACAGGAUGGCAACAACAACUGCCCGAGUUACACCAGGAACGUUCAGACUGUCCGCGAUAUGCUGAGAGAGGCUGGACUGAGGGCUUGUAGGCCUGUUGUAAGGCAGGUCCUUACCAGACAUCACCGACAACAACGUCACCUAUGGGCACAAACCCACCUUCACUGGACCAGACAGGACUGGCAAAAAGUGCUCUUCACUGACGAGUCGUAGUUUUGUCUCACCAGGGGUGAUGGUCGGACUUGCGUUUAUCGUCGAAGGAAUGAGCGUUACACAGAGCGGGAUCGAUUUGGAGGUGGAGGGUCACAGCAUCAUCAGACUGAGCUUAUUGUCAUUGCAGGCAAUCUCAACGCUGUGCGUUACAGGGAAGACAUCCUCCUCCCUCAUGUGGUACGCUUCCUGCAGGCUCAUCCUGACAUGACCCUCCAGCAUGACAAUGCCACAAGCCAUACUGCUCGUUCUGUGCGUGAUUUCCUGCAAGACAGCAAUGUCAGUGUUCUGCCAUUGAGCACGUCUGGGUUCUGUUGGAUCGGAGGGUGAGGGCUAGGGCCAUUCCCCCCAGAAAUAUCCGGGAACUUGCACGUGCCUUGGUGGAAGAGUGGGAUAACAUCUCACAGCAAGAACUGGCAAAUCUGGUGCAGUCCAUGAGGAGGAGAUGCACUGCAGUACUUAAUGCAGCUGGUGGCCACACCAGAUACUGACUGUUACUUUUGAUUUUGACCCACCCCCCUUUGUUCAGGGACACAUUAUUCAAUUUCUGUUAGUCACAUUUCUGUGAAACUUGUUCAGUUU